GAGAACGCUAUUUCAACAAAUAUCUUAUUUUGAACCAGAUUUCACCUAAUCUAACGCACCUUUUACAACGGCGCCGCUUAAUUGCUUCGGUCUGCUGACGUGUCUCCACAUUCCAACAUGCACUGGACGAAUCUCGGAGGAUGAUUGCUGACAGAAAAACAGAUGGAAAAUGACUAAAGUCCAGAAGCAUGGUAAAGGGGCUGAACUCUAGCCGGAGCUGAGGGAAGAACUGACAGAGCUGCCACCUUGGUGGAGUAACUGCCACACAGAACGGUGACAAAAAAGACCAAAGCAUCAUUAUCUCGGCUUCUCUGAAUGUGUGACAGCUCCGAGGAGAACAUCAUCCUACAGUACCUGCAGGGGCUUGUGAUAAAAGGACACUAUACUGCUACAGCUCCUACACCGUUCUUCAGGAUUAGCCUUUAGUUCAAGGUCCACGCCUGAGGUCUAGCAUGGGUGCACAAGGCCUGCUAGGCUGCCUCUUCCUGACUGCGCUGCUCGGCUCAUCAGAUGCUGGGCUCGUGAGGAAACUCCUUCGACAUCGACGACAGACUGCGGCGUCCCCCGAAGGUCAUAACGUCACCCUGCACAGCGCCGACCAGCCUGUGGUCUUCAACCAUGUCUAUAACAUCAAUGUACCCGCGAGCACCCUCUGCUCGGUAGAUCUGGAUGCUCCAAAAAGCACGCAGCUCUAUCCCAAAGAUGCUCCCGCCGCAUCAGGCCAUCAAGUCACCGAGCACACUGUGGACAGGGAGAACCAGAUCGUCUUCACCCACCGUAUCAACAUACCUCGGCAGGCCUGCGGUUGUACGGACGACCUCCCCGGCCUGAAAGACCUGAUUAGCCGCUUGGAGCUGCUUGAAGGGGAGGUGUCAGCAUUGAGAGAUCAAUGCAGCAGUGACAGAGGCUGCUGCAGUGCACAGGUCACAGGUAAAGUGGCGACUAAACUGUACUGCAGUGGUCAUGGGAACUACAGUGCUGACAGCUGCGGCUGUGUAUGUGAGCCCGGCUGGAAGGGCCCCAACUGCACUGAGCCCGAGUGUCCCGCUAACUGCCAGGGCCGCGGCCGCUGCGUGGGGGGACGGUGCGACUGCUUCGAGGGCUUCACUGGACCGGACUGCUCUCUGGAGGCCUGCGCUGUGGACUGUGGACCACAGGGCCGGUGUGUGGGCGGCACCUGUGUGUGUUCGGACGGCUACUUCGGCGUGGACUGCUCUCAGACCAAGUGCCUCAACAACUGCCGGGGCCGCGGCCGCUGUGACGACGGCUACUGCGUGUGCGACGAGCCCUGGACCGGCCUUGACUGCUCUGAGCUCAUCUGCCCCAAAGACUGCUACGACCGCGGGCGCUGCGUGAACGGGACCUGCCACUGCGAGGAGGGAUACGCCGGGGAGGACUGUGGGGAGCGCACCUGCCCCAACAGCUGCCAGGGGAACGGCUUCUGCGUGGACGGCCGCUGUGUUUGCACUGCCGGCUACAGGGGGGAGGACUGCUCCCAGCUCACCUGCCUCAACGACUGCAGUGGCAGGGGCACGUGCUACAACGGCAUGUGCAUCUGUGACACGGGCUACCAGGGCGAGGACUGCAGCCAGUUAGCCUGUCUGAACAACUGCAACAGCAGAGGCCAGUGCAUAAACGGCCAGUGCGCGUGCGACGUGGGAUUCCAGGGGGACGACUGCUCAGAGCUCUCCUGUCCCAGCAGCUGCCUGCACAGAGGCCGCUGCGUGAACGGCCAGUGCGUGUGCGAGGAAGGCUUCGCCGGCGAGGACUGCAGCGUCAGGACCUGCCCCUCAAGCUGCUACGGCCGCGGGGAGUGCGUCAGCGGCCGCUGCGUGUGCCACGCGGGCUUCAGCGGCGAGGACUGCGGCAAGCUGAGCUGCCCGAACGAGUGCCGCGGCCGCGGCCGCUGCGUGGACGGGCAGUGCGUGUGCGAUGAGGGCUUCUCCGGGGAGGACUGCGGCCAGAAGGCCUGUCCCAACGACUGCCUGGCUCAGGGCCGCUGCGUCGACGGCAGGUGCGUCUGUCGGGAAGGCUACACGGGGGAAGACUGCUCGGUUCUGGCCUGUCCGGAUAACUGCAACAGCAGGGGGCGCUGCGUGAACGGCCGGUGCAGGUGUGAGGCUGGCUACGAAGGGGAAAGCUGCGCAGAGCGGAGCUGCCUCAACAGCUGCCACGACAAAGGCCAAUGUGUGAACGGCCAGUGUGUCUGCGAUGAGGGAUACAUCGGGGAGGACUGCUCAGAAGUGUCUCCUCCAAAGGAUCUUACUGUGGGUGAGGUCACCACUGACACGGUGGAUCUGUCCUGGGACAACGAGAUGCUGGUGACGGAGUAUCUGGUGACGUAUGCGCCCACCAAACCCGGGGGUCUUCUCCAGGAGUUCACUGUGGGUGGGGACAAAACCUCUGCAACUGUCAAGGAGCUUGAACCCGGCAUAGAGUACAUGAUCAAUGUCUAUGCUGUCCUGAGCAACAAGAGGAGUAUUCCUGUCAGCGCCAGAGUGGCCACAGAGCUCCCACAUCCAGAAGGUCUGAAAUUCAAAUCCGUGAGGGAGACGUCAGUGGAGGUCAUUUGGGACCAGCUGGACAUCCCCUUUGAUGGCUGGGAGAUCUAUUUCCGCAACAUGAAAGAAGAAAAUGGAAAAGUUGUGAGCAAACUUCCGCCCUCCCAAAACCAGUUCCUCCAGUUGGGUCUUGGACCAGGGCAGGAGUAUGAAGUGUCAGUGAGCGUCAUAAAGAACAGCACCAGGGGACCCCCGCUGAGCAAGAAAGUCACUACUAAGAUCGACGGCCCACGUCAGGUGGAGGUGAAGGAUGUGACAGACUCGUCCGCUCUGAUCAGCUGGUCUCAGCCGGUGGUUCCUAUGGACAGAAUCACCAUGUUUUUCAGGCCCACCUCUGACCCCGCAGACGAGAGCAGCGCAGAGAUUUCCCCCCCAGACAAGCAGUACAGCAUUGACGGUCUAAAGCCAGAUACAGAGUACACAGUGUCGCUGGUCUCAAGGAAUGGAGACAUCAGCAGCGAUCCGGUCACCACCAAAUUCACCACAGGUCUGGAUGCCCCCAAACACCUGCAGGCUGUGUCCCAGACAGACAGCAGCAUCACUCUGGAGUGGACCAACAGUAAGGCUGACGUUGGCAGCUAUCGGGUGAAAUACAGCCCCAUCUCUGGAGCAGCUCACGGCGAGGAGGUGUUCCCUCAAGGAGCAGGAGACACCUCAAAGGCUACAAUAACUGGAUUAAAGCCAGGGACGGAGUAUGGGAUCGGUGUGACGGCUGUUAAGAGCGAGAAAGAAAGCCUCCCUGCUACUACCAACGCCGCUACUGAUAUUGAUCCUCCCAGAGGUUUUGAGGACAUAGGGUCCACCGAGACGUCCCUCACGCUAAGAUGGCAGAAACCCCAGGCUAAAGUGGGUGGCUACAGGCUUGUGUACGUCUCUGAAGAUGGCCAGGUGGACGAGGUGGGCAUCCCAGCAUCAGCCACCAGCUUCACCGUGUCCGACCUGACCCCAGGAAUGAGCUACACCUUUACUCUGACUGCCGAGAGGGGACACAAAAGGAGCGACCCCGUCACCCUGACUGCAUCCACAGCCUUGUUCACAUUUUAUUUAGCUGACUCAGAUGACCGUGAGCGACCGACUCCCCCAGGCUCAGAGGACAAUGUCAUUAGUUUUUCUUAUUUAGACCCCUCUGAGUCCCAGACCUCUGAGGAUGAGCUUGGAGCACUCGCAGUUUCAGGCAAUACCCCUGACGGAUUUGACCUCUCGUGGACAAUAACAACUCUCGGUGUCUAUGAUAGUUUGGCCGUAGAGUAUACAGACACUCGAUCGGGGGAUGUAAGGGAGGUCCGGCUUCCUGGAAAUGCCACUGGCUCUCGAAUUGAAGGCCUGAAUGCAUCAACAGAGUAUCAGUUAAAACUUUAUGGAAUAAGACGUAGGCAGAGAUCUGCACUACUUGAAGUUGUUACAGUCACAGCACCCAAGCCUACCUCUUCAGAUGUGCUCACGCUGAGCAUUAAAGAUGCCCCAACAACCCUACAGUCUACUCUGGAUAACAGAGUAAUUGAAAACCCAGAUUAUCUCCGUGCUCUUUCCACUUCUGCUACUGAGGAGAUGACAUCUGGGAAUUUACUGGGAGACCUCAAAGUCAUAGAUGUUACCUCCAGUAGUGUAAGCCUGGCCUGGUCUGCAAGUGACAAAGCGUUUGAUAGCUUUUUGGUGGAGCUCAGUGCUUCAUCACAGGCAAAUGUGACCAGACUUCCAGGAAAUGUGAGGAAAGCUAAAAUAGAGGCCUUGUCCCCCUCUACACACUAUGAUAUUACAUUGCAAGGGCUGGUGCAAGGGAAGCGCUCUUUACCACUCAAGGUUUUUGCUACUACAGAGGAUCUGAAGCCCAUGGUGGUGAACCUCACCAUCUCUGACAUUACAUGGGACGGCUUCACUGUGUCCUGGAACCCCUCAGGAGGGGAGUUUGACAGCUUUGUCAUUGAGGUAACAAACUUGGAGAAUUUCGCAGAGCGCCAGAACCUCACUCUGUCUGGAGACGCCUUGAGCCUGGGCAUCACUGGGUUGAAUCCCAGUACCAGCUACUCGAUUGGGCUUUAUGGGAUGUUUCAGGGCUCCUUCGUUCAGCUUGCGUACAAUGAAGGCACCACAGUGGAUCAACCAGUGGUUGGCAAACUGUAUGUCUCGAACAUAACAUCAGAGAGCUUUUCAAUCCGCUGGAAUGGCACUGACGGAGCAUUUGAUGGCUUUGUCCUGGAGAUUAUUGACUCCAACUGGCUGAUGAAGCCAAAGGAAUAUAACAUAUCCAGGAGUGUCAUGUCCCAUGAUGUCACGGGGCUCAGGCCCAGCACUGAUUAUGUAGCCUACCUCUACGGGACGUACAAAGGAUCCCGAACGAGCGCUGUCAGUAUUGUUGCUUCUACAGCUAACGAGCCUGAUUUAUCCAGGCUAGUUGUGUCUAACGUUACCUCAGACAGAUUCUCCCUGUCGUGGCGGGCGGGAGAGAAGGCGUUUGAUAACUUUGUAGUAGAAGUCAGAGAGUCUGCUUUGCCCUCGCAGGCGAUGGGGCGCUCUCUGCCAGCAGACGCGCGCUCCACGGUCAUGGCCGGGCUCAAAGCGAGCACGAGCUACGACGUGAAGCUCUACGCCAGCGCCCGAGGCCGCAACGCGCAGCCUCUUUUUGCCGUAGCUACCACAGAGGAUGUCCCGCAGUUAGGGCCCAUAGCUGCUGCUUCUGUGGGCCCGCAUAAUCUCAGCCUGUCCUGGAGCACUGUGUCAGGACAUUUUGACGCAUUUGUUAUCCGGGUCAGUGAAUCUGAGCAGCAGUCGGAUACACUGGAGUUGACCGUGCCUGGUGAAAUCCGCAACAUUACGGUCUCUGACCUGAUGGAUGCCACAGGCUAUGACAUUGAACUGUACGGUAUUUCUCACGGGCGUCGCACUCCCUAUGUGUUAGUCCACACCGUCACAGCUCCUUUGCCUAAAGUGGAAAACUUGACCGUUUCCAACGUAACGCCCUACGGCUUCCGCGUGUCGUGGGAGGUGAAGCAGCAGCAGCCGCAGCAGGAGGAUUUACCCCCCUCAAGUGGUGGCUUCAGCCACUUCCAUGUAGUGGUGACAGACUCUGGCUGGCUGCUGGAGCCGCAGGAGUUCACCAUCCCAGGAAACCAAAGUCACUUGGACAUCUGGGGCCUCAUCACUGGCAUAGGAUAUGAGGUCAGGCUGACCGGGGUGACACAGUCAGGGCUUCUCUCUCGGCCUUUGACUGCAGUGGCUGUGACAGAGGCUGAGCCGGAGGUGGAGCACCUCUUCAUCUCGGACGUCGCGGCCGACGGCUUCCGUCUGUCGUGGACGGCCGACGAAGACUUGUUUGACAGAUUUGUGAUAAAAAUAAGAGACAGCAAACGAUUAGCUCAUCCUCGGGAGUACGGCGUCCGUGGUGACGAACGCACCAAGGUGCUAACUGGACUCAUGAGUGGCACUGAAUAUGAAAUUGAGCUUUAUGGUGUCACAUUGGACCAACGCUCCCAACCUAUUACUGCAGUUGCUCAGACAGGACUGAGCAACCCAAGAGGCCUUCACUUCUCUGACGUGACCGACUCCUCAGCCGUAGUGCACUGGUCCAUGCCCCGCUCUCCAGUGGACAGCUACCGGGUCGUCUACGUGCCUUUUGAAGGAGGAAGUCCGAUGACCGUCUCUGUGGAUGGAAAAGUCUUUGAAGCUCUGCUGCACAACAUGAUCCCUGGAAAGAUGUACAGAGUGACUGUCAGCGCUGUGAAGGGGCUGGAGGAGAGUGAUGCCAGCACUGAUACUGUAACCACAGCUUUGGACAGACCUCAGGGUCUGACUGCCGUCAACGUCACCGACACGUCAGCUCUGCUGCUGUGGCAGCCGUCUGUGGCCACAGUGGACGGGUACGUCAUCACCUACAGGGCCGAUUCACUGUCGCCGGCGGUGGAGCAUGUCUCUGGGAACAUUGUGGAGUUUGAGAUGAACUCGCUGGCUCCAGCCACCCGCUACACGGUUGGAGUUCACGCACUGAAAGAUGCUCAGAAAAGUGACUCAGCGGUGACUGAAUUCACCACAGAUGUGGACCCUCCUCGUGAUCUGACAGCUGUUAACAUUCAGACUGACAGCGCUACCCUCACGUGGAAACCCCCCCAGGCGGCUGUGACUGGCUACACACUCACCUUUUCCUCCGCCGACGGUUUGAUCAGGGAAGUGGUGCUGAGCCCGACCGCCUCGUCUUACAGCAUGGCCCAGCUCGUCGGCUCCACUGAGUACUACGUCAGACUGCAGGCCAUCGCUGGAGCCCAUAGGAGCCGCCAUGCGACCACAUCCUUUACCACCACUGGACAGUUGUACAGAAGCCCCAGGGACUGUGCUCAGGUCUUACUUAACGGAGAGGGGACCUCUGGUCUAUACACCGUCUAUGUGGGAGGAGAAGAGAGCCAGCCCAUCCAGGUUUACUGUGACAUGACCACAGAUGGUGGAGGAUGGAUGGUUUUCCUCAGGCGCCAGAAUGGAAAGCUGGACUUCUUUAGGAACUGGAAGAACUACACGGCCGGUUUCGGCAACAUGAAUGAUGAGUUCUGGCUGGGUCUCUCCAACCUCCAUAAAAUUACGUCUUCUGGCCAUUAUGAGCUGAGGGUGGAUUUGAGGGACAGCGGAGAAUCAGCCUACGCUCAGUAUGACAAGUUUACAGUCGCAGAGCCAAGAACACGUUACAAAGUCUACAUAGGGGCGUAUAGUGGAACAGCAGGUGACUCCAUGACCUACCACCAGGGACGACCUUUCUCCACCUAUGACAAUGAUAAUGAUAUUGCUGUCACCAACUGCGCCUUAUCCUACAAAGGCGCCUUUUGGUAUAAAAACUGCCAUCGCGUCAACCUGAUGGGGAAAUUUGGCGACGACAGCCACAGUAAGGGGAUCAACUGGUUCCACUGGAAGGGCCACGAGCACUCCAUCAAAUUUGCAGAGAUGAAGAUUAGGCCGGCCAACUUCAGGAAUCUGGAGAGCAGAAAAAAACGAUCGUAGGAUUGUGAACCUGCUCUUGUCCUCCAUCUCCACCCCCUCAAGCCUUUUUAUCGUCAAGCCAUUGUCAAAUCAUUCUCUCAAAUACACACAAGCCAAGGAAAGCACACACAGUAUAAUAUAGUUUUGACUACGACAAUUAAAUCUGGUAAGGGGAGGAGUACUUGGAUUUUGUAGUUUUCAUUGUAAAUUAGUCGCUCUGUUCCCAAAUGUUGGCUUCAAAGGGAAAGUAGCUGUGUGAGAAAGGACAUGUAGUACAUGUGCUGCUGGGACAACACAGCUACUGUAUAUUCAAAUGAGGCCUAUUUGUAAAAAUGGAAAAUGGGUCCAUGAGUUUAUAACAAGUCAAUGGCACAUAGUCACAAGUAUUCGGGUCCUUCAGUGUGUUAAUUAGUUGAACUCAUCAUCAAUAAAUGUACAUGAGCCCCAUCUGAAACUGUAAGUGUACUGUGCAGGAGAACCGUCCACUGAAUUCACAUUCAAAGUUUGGAUUUUACUUGUUUUGAUAGAAAUUCAAAUCAGACGCUCUGUAACCUUCCAUGCUAAUAAAGUGUUAGUUUGAUAAA